UCAAAUCUUUGCAGAUUAAAGACGCAACAAAUGGCAUCUUUCUCUUCUUUCUUUAUUAGUUACAAUGUUCGUUUAUGCUUUCUUCAACAAUCUUAAAAGCUUGGGACUUACUGGAAAAUGAGAGAAGAAAAUAAUUCAACCCACCUUCAAAUAUAAACAAUAUUUUAAUGAAAAUGGUUAUCAUUCUGUCGCGUUAUAUAACAAUUAGAAAGAAAAGAGACCCAACAUCUUCUCCGCUUGCUUGUCUUGUUUCUUCCCGUCCCGUUCCGACCCUCCAACCUUCUCGAUUACCCGACAAACUCUCCUACCUAAACAACACUAUAAAUUAUUAUUCCAAACUAAAGUAAUUGUAAAUUUAAAUAAAUAUCAUUAAAUAAAAAACUUACAUAGUAAUAUCAAAACACUCACUCACUCUCUUCAAAAGCAUCUCUCUCUAUCUGCGACUUCAAAUCUUCUUCUACUCAUUUCUCACUAUAAUGUGAAACCCUAACGUGCUAAAUUUAGUUAGGGUUUGUAGUUUCUACCGGAUCCAAACAAAAUCAGCUAGCCAAUGGGAAAUUGCUGCAGAUCUCCGGCAGCCGUUGCCAGAGAAGACGUUAAACCAAACUUUUCCGGUCACGAUCACAGCCGCAGAGACUCACACGCCAACAAGAAGCAACCGAUCACUGUGUUACACGGAGUUCCAAAAGAGAACAUCGAAGAGAGGUAUUUAGUGGACCGUGAACUGGGCCGCGGCGAGUUCGGCGUCACUUACCUCUGUAUCGAGCGUGAAACGCGUGAAUUGCUGGCGUGUAAGUCGAUAUCCAAGCGGAAAUUGCGAACGGCCGUUGAUAUCGAAGACGUGAGGCGUGAAGUGGCAAUAAUGAAGCAUUUGCCGAAGAAUGCGAGUAUUGUGAGCUUGAAGGAGGCGUGUGAGGACGACAAUGCGGUGCACUUAGUAAUGGAGUUGUGUGAGGGUGGGGAGCUUUUUGAUCGGAUUGUUGCAAGAGGCCAUUAUACGGAAAGAGCGGCAGCGGCGGUUACGAGAACGAUUGUGGAGGUUGUGCAAUUAUGUCACAAGCAUGGUGUGAUUCAUAGAGACUUGAAGCCUGAGAAUUUUUUGUUCGCUAAUAAGAAGGAGAGCUCGCCCUUGAAGGCUAUUGAUUUUGGACUCUCCAUAUUCUUCAAGCCUGGUGAGAGGUUUUCUGAAAUUGUUGGGAGUCCAUAUUACAUGGCUCCUGAGGUGCUCAAGCGAAACUAUGGACCAGAAAUUGAUAUAUGGAGUGCAGGAGUUAUCCUUUAUAUUUUGCUGUGUGGGGUUCCUCCAUUUUGGGCUGAAUCUGAACAAGGGGUCGCACAGGCUAUUCUUCGGGGGCUAAUAGACUUUAAAAGGGAUCCGUGGCCAAAUAUAUCAGAAAGUGCCAAGAAUCUAGUCAGGCAAAUGUUGGAGCCCGACCCAAAGCUUCGACUAACUGCGAAGCAAGUGCUUGAGCAUCCAUGGCUCCAAAAUGCUAAAAAAGCUCCAAAUAUUCCUCUUGGAGAUGUUGUCAAGUCUAGGCUCAAGCAGUUUUCGAUGAUGAAUAGAUUCAAAAGAAAAGCUCUCAGGGUUAUUGCCGAUUUCUUGUCCGUUGAGGAAGUCGAAGACAUCAGAGAGAUGUUCAAGAAGAUGGACAGUGAUAAUGAUGGAAUUGUUUCAAUUGAGGAGUUGAAAUCUGGCCUUAGAAGUUUUGGUUCCCAGCUUGCAGAAUCUGAAGUUCAGAUGCUUAUUGAAGCUGUAGAUACUAAUGGGAAAGGAACACUUGAUUAUGGUGAAUUUGUUGCGGUUUCUCUCCAUCUACAGAGAAUGGCCAAUGAUGAGCAUCUUCACAAGGCUUUUUCCUACUUUGACGAGGAUGGUAAUGGCUUCAUUGAGCCAGAUGAGCUACGUGAUGCCUUGAUGGAAGAUGGAGCAGAUGACUGUACUGAUGUUGCAAAUGACAUCUUCCAGGAAGUAGACACAGAUAAGGAUGGGAGAAUAAGCUAUGAUGAAUUUGUGGCCAUGAUGAAAACUGGAACCGAUUGGAGAAAGGCUUCUCGUCACUACUCAAGAGGAAGAUUCAAUAGUCUGAGCAUGAAGUUGCAGAAAGAUGGUUCUCUAAAUUUGGGGAGUGAGUAGGGUGUAUGUAUUCGUAGGCUGAGUUCAGUUCAUUUAAUUGACUCAAGUACCAAGGCUUCCCAUACAUUGUGGACCUACUACUUCCUUUUGUGAUUAUUUUUGGGGUCCCUGAUUAUCUGGGAUCCUUUUGAUUGGCGGUUUGCAGGAAUGAUGGAGGGCCGAGAAUAACUUGUUUAUUUUCUCUGCAAGUAUUAAUCUGGGUAAAAAAACCUUGCAGCGGUGAUAUUCACCAGCUGUCAUUGUGCCCUUCUUUACCGCGUCAACCCCAGAUAAUUGUUUCUUGUUCGGAGUAUGGGAGUGGCAAACUGAACUAUGUAGUUCUGUAGUAUAUUCUUGUCCAAAAAAUAUGGUCAGGCUAGUGUCUUCACCUGCUUUUUACUUAAAAACGAAUCAAAGUGUAGUAAAAGAUUAUCAAAGGCUGCAGUUGCUAAAUGCCUGUUUGCUAUUUAA